AUGAUCUGUGCUUAUUAUAUAAAUCUUUUAUUUUUUGCAUGCAAACUAUAUUCUGCUGUGGGAAUAGAUAGUGAACAUGUUCGAGAUAUAUAUGUUAACAAAUGGAUUCAGCUGAUAGGAGAUGGUGAAUCAAUAUCAGAAGAGGACUUGAGACAGUUCUACAAACGACAACUCCGGAUUGAAGUUUCAGACGACAAUUUAAAAGAGUGUCUACAAAAGAUACCAGGAAAUACCAGUGGGACCAAUGAAACUUGUUUGACAGGAAAGUGUUUAUCACCGGAUCAUGUUUACUCUUUGUCUGGUUUGUCAAAUGCUACCACAGCUAUCGAGGUAUCAACUCUUUCCAUGAUGGUAUUACAUACAGUACAGAAUAACAAAUGUAAAAGGAAAAUACUACCGCACUCUGAUCCACACCGUUUUGAAUCAGUUACUAAAGGUCAAAUAUGGGGUUAUGGCAUUCUUAGUUGUACCAUUAUAGUAUUGACAGCUCUUUUGGGAUUCCUUGCUCUGCCAUUUAUUCGUGGUGUGAACUUUAAGAGAACACUUAUUUUUAUGGUAGGACUUGCUGUUGGGACAUUAGCUGGAAGCAGCCUGUUAUUCCUUAUACCUGAGGCAUUAGAACUUACGGAACAGGAACUAAACAAACAUAGCUAUUUAUGGAAAUGUUUGGUUAUGAUCAGCGCUCUUUAUUUCUUCUUUAUAAUUGAAAGACUAUUGAAACAUUUCUCGGAACUGAAAGAGAUAAACAAAAAGGAAAAAGAACUCCGUCGUGAGAUUCGAAGCGGUCGAUUAGGAUCAUUAACUCCGGAGACAAAGUUUAGAGAACUCAGGCGUGUAUCUAUACAAAAACUGGGAGAAACAUCAACAUCUUCGUUGAAUAAACUGACUGAUUUCCAGGAUCUUUCGACAAUUUCUGAAUCUUCUGAAAAGAACCAGCCAGAUGAUAUCUCUGUCAUUAAAGAAGAAGGAACAAAGGAUCCGAAACGAGUUGCCCCAGUUGCAUGGAUGAUCAUAUUUGGAGAUGCAUUACAUAACUUUGUAGACGGUGUGUCUAUCGGUGCGGCAUUUACUGAAAGCAUUCUCGGCGGAUUAUCUAUAUCCGUAGCAAUAUUGUGCGAGGAAUUGCCCCAUGAACUAGGAGAUUUUGCAGUACUCCUACAUGGAGGGAUGUCAAAGAAAAAAGCAAUUUUCUACAAUUUUCUCUCAGCCUGUUCUAUUUAUGUGGGCUUGGUCAUUGGAAUAAUUCUUGGUGAAAAUGCAGAGACACAUACAUGGGUGUUCGCAUUUGCUGGUGGCAUGUUUCUAUAUAUAGCACUUGCUGAUAUGAUGCCGGAGAUGUGCGCAGCUGGGGAACAAGAGGAAAACCAGGAGCUUAUCGGGACUUGGAUGAUUUUCGUUUUGCAGAACCUAGGAAUGGUAAUGGGCUUUGGCAUCAUGCUUUUAUUAGCUAUAUAUGGCGGAAAGCUUGAGGACACGAUCACAGGACACGGUUGACAAGACUGUUGAGAGGAGAUUGAUAUAACUCUGUACAUACAAACUAAAUACAACAUUUUAACGGGGAUAUUACUUCAAUAUCUUCUUUAAUGUUUGAAAUGCGUUGGAUCCACUCUGCACCUUAACUGCUUUCCGACUGAAGGAUUGUGUAUAUAUGGUGACAGAAUGAGAAAU